CCUAAGGAGCUUCCACUCCCACUGCCUCCACCGUAGUGAGAGGACUUCAGUCACGAUGGCCUGUGUAAUGAGAGAGCUCAUAGAACAAGAGGAUGAUCGGGACGAGAUGAGAAAACCUUUGAUUAAGCAGUACUGUGCCACCGAUGUGGUCCCUGCCAAGAUGCAGCCCCUGCAUGAUCUGCUGCAGAAACAGCCUGCAGCUAUCGGGGUUGUACAGAUGGUGUCUGGGAUCACAAUUUUCGGGCUUGGAGUGGUCCUGGCAACAACAUCGCCCCUGACUCUGGCCAUCAUAUUCAGAGUACCGAUCCUCACAGGGCUCCUGUUUUUCAUCUCUGGAAUGUUGUCUGCCAUGCUGCAUAAAUUUACCAGACUCUUGCCUAUCUGCGUCGCAGUAAACAUCGGAUGUUUGUGCGUUGCAGGGGUUGGAGUGGUGCUCUUGACCAUCGACUUAGCUUUAGCGACUCCUAAUGCGAGUCCCCACAUUAAGGUAAAGGUGCUCGUCAUGUGUGUAACAGUGCUGGAGAUGUGCAUCACUGCAGUUCUUCUGUUCUGGAUGCGCAGAGAAUUGCGCAGUACAAAUAAAACAGCCUGACUGCAUUGCCCUGGCACAAAGCUGUGACGACUUCAUCCCAGAAGAACAGGAAAUCCUGUUAAAUUUUAA